GCAUUGUCCCGUCUCUUCAUCGUCUUCCUCACAUAUUCUCCUCCAUCUGAUACACUAGCCACCGCCUUAGGAAAGUACAAAGGACAUAGCCGCCGCCAUAGGUAAGUAGGAGGUGUCAACAGCCUUGGAAAUCAAGUUUCAGAUUGGUGAUUCCCCAAAGCUAUGAAGCUAGAGCUGGAACCCUAGAAUCAGGAGCUGGAACUCUAGAAAUCUGGAGGUGGCAAGUCUAGUACCUAUAUGGUUCCUUGAGUUGCUAGAUACAUAGAUAAACAAGGGAGAGAGAGAAAAAGAGGGUUUUGGUAUCUUAGAAGUGGAGGAGUAAAAAGUCAGGAACUUGUUUUCAUCCGGAUACUUAACGUGAAAAUCAAUCGAGGUGACGAAUAAAUAAGUUUGAAGUUAUUUUAUUGCAAGGGUGUUUUUAAUAAUGUAAUAUACAUGUGUGUUAUUGUUAAUCAUGCUUGGAUUCCUAAACAAGAACUUGGAAUAUAGUUGACCUUUUGUUGUAAAUGUUGGUGUAAACCCCUCUUGUAAUAAAGGUUGUGUUUCAAUUUCGGAAACUUGUCUAUUAUCGUUCUUUUCCAAUUAUUCGUAUUUCAAUUUUGGAAAUUUAUUUCCAUGAUUGGAAUAUAAGUCGCAUCUAAAAAAAAAAAAAAAAAAAAUUUGGAUGUGACAGGCAUGUUUGCUUGAUUGGGAAGUUGAGAGAGUGUUGACAAUUUCAGUUGACAAUGCAAGUGCAAAUAAGGUUGCAAUUGAGUACGUUAGGAAGAAGAUGUUAGGCUGGGAGAAACAGCCUGUUCUUGGAGGCAAGUACCUGCAUGUUAUGUGCCUUGCACAUAUUCUGAACAUCAUUGUCAGAUCAGGCCUAAAAAUGAUGGAGAAAUCAAUUGCUUCAAUUAGGAAUGCGAUACGCUAUGUUCGGAGCAGUGGACAAAGACUUGAAGCUUUUAAAAAGUGUGCAGAGAAUGAGAAGGUUGAGUCCAAGAAAGUAUGCAUCCUUGAUGUGCCAACAAGGUGGAACUCUACCUUUCUAAUGCUAGAGACUGCUUUACAGCUGCGAAAAGCCUUUGAUAGAAUGGCUGAUGAGGAGGACACCAAGUACACGCGGUACUUGGAUGAGGAAGAAGACAUCGACGGUGAAGUGGAUGAGCUGCAAGUUGUUGGAGGGUCUGAUUCAAGGAAGAAACAUAAGACAAAAAGGGUGGGGCCACCGGUUAAAGAGGACUGGGAAAAGGCUGCAGUUUUUGUGAGGUUUUUAAAGGUCUUCUAUGAUGUGACAAUGAGGAUUAGUGCCUCAAAUCACCCAACAUCAUGGAAAGCUUUUCAUGAUAUAGUGGCCAUCAAAUCGGAGAUCGAUGAAUUGUUUAAUAAACCGUAUGAUUUCACUGGUUCAGAGACUGAAAUGAUCUUGUUCGAUAUGGCUGUGAAGAUGAGAGGGAAGUUUGAUAAGUAUUUUGGAAGCUUGGAAGACUGCAAUCAGCUUUUAUUCAUUGCCUUGGUGUUAAACCCAAGGUUCAAGAUCAGAAACUUUGAAAGUAUAUGCAAUAAGUGGCUGAAAAUGAAGUCCGAUGACAUUAAGAAGAAGUCUGCUGAGGUUAAAGAGCUUCUAGUGGCCCUUUGUGAUCUGUACAGCUCCUCAUUGAUGUCUUCAAAGGCUGGAAAUGGAAAAGCUAGGAGUGGAGAGAGCUCAAUUAGCCAAGGCAGCAAAUCCAGCUCCAAAAGGACAGUUGAGCCUACUGGAAAAAUAGCGGACAUGGAACAAGAUUGGGAGAAAGAAUUGGAAAACUCCGACGAAGCUGUUAUUGCACAUGAAGUGGAUAGAUACUUAUUGGACCCGAUUGAGAAGCCUGCAAUUCCUCAUAAGUGGGAUAUAUUGGAGUGGUGGAAGUUGAAUGGUGCCAAGUAUCCUAAUCUUGCUGCCCUUGCCAAGGAUGUUUUGGCAAUACAAGUGAGCACAGUGGCAAGUGAGUCUUGCUUUAGCACAGGCAGAAGGGUCAUUGAUCCCCUUAGGAGUUCUCUAACUCCCAAAACGGUGGAAGCAUUGAUAUGCUACCAAAAUUGGAUCAGAUCCGAAAGCAUCCACAACAUUCAAUAUGUUCCUAGUAUCAAGGACAUUGAAUUUUAUGAAAGUGUGGAGGAUGAACAUGCAAGGGAGGAAGGUGCUAGUACAAUUGAUCAGCCUGAAAUGCCAUCUACGUCUAAAUCAUCUAAAGCUUCAAAGAAUUCAAGGGUUGGUAAUGCAGGCAAAAGUAAAGCAGCAAAAUAAGGUUUUGUUUAAAACUGUGCGUUUAUGCAAUCUGCCACCGGAUUCAGCUUCUUCACUGCAAAGCUGCAAGUUGGAGUUGUCAUGGAGUUCUAGACCUGUUGAGCAUGGGAGUCGGCCGAGCAGCAAUUUGUGCAAAAUGGGAGGAUUGUGUUCAUGUUUCUGUUGCAGUUGUAGACUUG